UACACGAAGAAACUUGUAUGUGACCGAGAGCUUUUUUCAGGCGGUCAACGCUACUGUCGACGACGACGACGACGACGCAACGAAAGCCCAAUGGCCAUCCAAGGCAGCAAGACGAGCCUAUUAUGGAGUGGCAGCCUCCAGACUACACAUGCCAGCGACGAAAGCCUCGAUGCUGAGAAGGACGCGUCGGUGAUGGCUCGCCCCGUCAUCACACGUCGCCUCCUGAGGCUCUUGACACGGGGGAUUGUCUUUGUCGUGGGCGCCAUGAUAGGUGUUCAUGUAUUUAUAUCUUUUAUCUCAGCAAAGAUACGGCAGCCGGUACCGCAGGCAGAGGAAAUAAGGUAUCCGGACGCUCAACAGGGCGUCACCGGGGGAGAGCGACGAUUAGCAAUCGUCGUUCCGGCAAAUAACCCGGGUCCAGACAUAUGCAAGCUUGUCGCCGGAGCCAUUGCCCUAGACUACCCGAGUCCCAUUCUUAUCAACUGGGGCAAGAACUUCUCCGACGUCGACGGCAGCGCGGGUGGUGUCGCGGCCUGGGCUCCACACUUCGGUAAAGUCACCGGUACCUUGGAGUACCUGGACCGGGUCACAGGUCCCGAUAUCAACACACGGGAUAGACUGGACGACGAGGACUUGGUCCUGAUCCUGGAUGCCUAUGACAUCUGGUUCCAGCUCCCUCCGUCUGUCCUCCUGCACCGAUACCACGAGAGCAACAAACAGGCCAAUGCUCGACUGGCCAGGCAGUGGGGCGGCUCUGAAGACAUCCCCAUGCAGCAGACCAUCAUCAUCUCGGCCCAGAAGAGGUGCUAUCCCACCCUGAAGUCGGGAUCGAACCUCCACUGCGAUGCCCUCCCCGAAAGCAGUCUGAGGCCGGACAUAUACGGCCCCAGAACCGACACCACCGCCAGCGACCACCGCUACGUCCGGCCGCGGUACAUCAACAGCGGCAGCUUCAUGGGCCCCGUCGGCGAUAUGAAACGGUACUUCCGCCGCGUGAAGCAGAGGAUGGAGCGGCAGUUCAGCGAGGGCGUGCAGCUGCCCGGCGAUCAAGGGGUCUUUGGCGAGAUUCUCGGCGAGCAGGAGGUGUGGCGCCAAUGGCGGCGGGACCAACACGGGUCAGCCAUGAUGCCCGACAACGAGACCGAGAACGAAGCCGCUGCGUUGGUGCAGAGGGACUUUGAGUACCACCUCGGCCUGGACUACACCCAGGGUCUCUUUCUCCCGACAGUCUACUCCGACAAGGACGGCGAUUUCGUCUCCCUCAACAACCAAUCGGCCGUCGAAGACCGUUCAUCCCAGCUGGGCAUCUCACCACCCCGUCUCCAGGGCGUCCCGAAAGACGUACUGGCCCACACAGACAACCCCCUUGCCGAAGUCGUCCUCCCCGGCGACGACGAGCCCACCUGGGGUGACGUGCCGCUGUACGCCGACUUCUUCACCACGGCCGUCCCCGUGAUGGUGCACCACAACGCCUGGAAGCACGGCCUCAAGGGCCGGCGCACCUCGUGGUGGGACCGCACAUGGUACUUCCCCCAUCUGCGGCAGCUGCUGGAGCUGCGCAUCAACAAGACCUCGGUCAAACUGGCGCCGCUGGCGAGGGUGCCUGCGCGCGAUGGGCAUCUGACGUAUUUUGCGCCGAGGUCGGAUGCUGAGAAGAGGACGCCGAGAGUGUUUAGGGCGGAGGGGGUGAAGGUCGGGUUGGAGGAGGUUGGGUUUGAGGAGGUGUGUAGAUACCCUGAGGAGACGGAGGAGACGGAAAAGCACUGGUAUGAUGAGGUGUUUAGGGAUGGCAAGGGUUCGAUAUAGGUUCGGAUGUCGGCGUCAUUUUAGCGAUUGAGAUAGGUUCUUGCACUUUUUUGGCUUGGCUGUUUGGGGUUUUGGUACGGGUCCUUGGCGAAGAUACC